UAAAGCACUUAAAUCAAAAUCAGCAGGCCAGAAUUACAAUAUUCCCCUUUUCCAAACUCAAUACUACACUCCAAUAGGUGGCGCUAAUGCGCCUUAAAGUGGUUUACAAACGAUCAUAAAACGUAAAAGAAGAAUAUGGUCGUUCUGAGAAGAAAUAACAGGAGAAAUCAAAGCAGAAACAGCUGAAUUCUGUGUGUUGUACUAUUAUAAAGAUGGAGAUUAUUAAAGUGGAGAUUGAAGACAUGAGUGAUCCAGAAACAUCCAGAAUAAAACAUGAAGAUACUGAGGAACAAAUAGACUGGAUGGAAGUGAAACAGCAAAGACAAGACCUGAAUGAAGCAGAGGGAAGUCAUACCUUCACAACUCAAGGAACAAAAGCCAAAAAUCUGCACUCCUGCACUCAGUGUGGAAAGAGUUUCACACAAAAAAGAAACCUUAACAAACAUAUAAGAAUUCACACUGGAGAGAAACCGUAUCCAUGCACUCAGUGUGAGAAGAGUUUUACUCAAGCAUCGGGUCUCAGGAAUCAUCUGCUCCUUCACUCUGGAGAAAAAACAUUUAUCUGUGAUCAGUGUGGUAGAAAGUUCAUUUUGUCAUCACAUCUAAAACAACACCUGAAAGUUCAUUCAGAUGAGAAGCCUUAUGUGUGUUCUCUCUGUGGAAAGAGUUUUUCACGACUGGACUGUUUUAAACUGCACCAGAAAACACACAAUGAAGUGAGAGAUUAUAUAUGUUGUGAGUGUGGGAUGACCUUUACUAGAGAUGACCAUUUGAAACAGCACCAAAGAAUUCAUACUGGAGAAAGACCUUACAAGUGCUCAUAUUGUGACAAAAGUUACACUGUAUCUGGAAACCUGAAAGUGCAUGAGCGAAUUCAUACUGGAGAGAAGCCGUACGACUGUACUCAGUGUGGAGUUGGUUUUGCACGUAAAGACAGUCUGAAGAAACACACAAAAAUUCACACUGGAGAAAAACCAUUCGCUUGCCAUCAGUGUGGAAAAAGUUUCAUACAAAAACCACAUCUUAUCAAGCACAUAAGUACUCACACUAAACAAACGCCUUACGUUUGCCCUCAGUGCAGAUGGAGCUUUACAACUGAAUACAAACUUAAGAUACACCUACAUGUUUGUCCUGGAGAGAAAUCAUACUCCUGUCCUCAGUGUGGAAAGGGUUUCGCACAUAAAUCAAGUCUUAGUUGUCAUCUGCGUGUUCACUCUGGAGAAAGACCUUUUAAGUGUACACAUUGUGACAAAAGUUUCACUCGGUCAGGAACCUUGAAAAAACACGAGCGACUUCAUUGCAACCACCAUAGACUGUCGAGAGAACGUGCCACUGCUUGUAUGGGAAGAGUUUCGCCCAAUCAGGAGGUUUCGGGACUCACAGAAAAAGCAGUUUCUCCCAUCUUAGAAGUUGCUGAGUAGUCUAUCAAUGUGUACUAUAUACCAAUAUCAAUGUAUUCUGAUUGUACAUCAUGAAAUAAGAAAUAAAACAUUUUGUCU